AUGGCAUUUCGUUCACUUUUCCUUUAGAUGGUGAAACGUGCGUUUGAAAAAAUUCUCAACUCCUGGUAAAAUCUAAAGUUUCACCGUGAUUUUGUAAUUUUAUUAAUCAUAAAUAAAAUGGGCACUUCAGAGGAGGACGAGAAUUCUUCCAAUGUCGGUGAUGAAGAGGAACAGGAAAAUGCGGAGGAGUUUUCUGGAGAUGAAGAAGUCGAAGAAAAUGACAGCGACAAGGACUCCAAUAUUUUAGAGAAUAAGUUGGCAACGGAGAAUGACGAGAAUUCUAUCACGUGGAAAGAUCUUGGAUUAACAGACGCUCUAUGCCAAGCAUGUGAGGAAUUGAAAUGGAAAGCACCAUCCAAAAUUCAAAAAGAAGCAAUACCUGUAGCAUUGCAAGGGAAAGAUAUUAUUGGUUUAGCCGAAACGGGCUCUGGUAAAACGGGUGCAUUUGCUUUACCAAUAUUACAUGCAUUGCUUGAAAAUCCGCAGCGGUAUUUCGCGCUUAUUCUAACACCCACAAGAGAAUUGGCCUUUCAAAUAUCCGAACAAUUUGAAGCACUAGGUAGCUCUAUUGGUGUGAAAUGCUGUGUUGUCGUCGGCGGUAUGGAUAUGGUUUCCCAAGCCUUACAGCUGGCCAAAAAGCCUCAUAUAAUUAUUGCAACACCUGGUCGAUUAGUUGAUCAUCUUGAAAACAUGAAAGGAUUUAAUCUAAAAGCAAUAAAGUAUUUGGUGAUGGACGAAGCAGAUCGUAUAUUAAAUAUGGAUUUUGAGGUGGAACUGGAUAAAAUAUUAAAAGUUUUGCCACGUGAACGACGAACAUUUCUAUUCAGUGCAACUAUGACCAAGAAAGUGAAAAAAUUGCAACGUGCUUCUUUAAAAGAUCCAGUCAAAGUAGAAGUUUCCAAUAAAUAUCAAACGGUUGAGCAGCUCCAACAGUACUAUAUUUUUAUUCCAGUCAAGUUUAAAGAUGUAUAUUUAGUACAUAUAAUAAAUGAGUUGGCUGGCAACAGUUUUAUGAUAUUUUGUAGUACAUGUGCUAACACGGUCCGUACUGCAUUAAUGCUGCGUGCGUUGGGACUCGCGGCCAUACCACUACAUGGACAAAUGUCUCAGAACAAGCGAUUAGCUGCAUUGAAUAAGUUUAAAGCGAAAAACCGAUCCAUUCUUAUUUCUACAGAUGUCGCAUCACGUGGGCUUGAUAUACCUCACGUAGAUGUAGUAUUGAACUUUGACAUACCAACACACAGUAAAGAUUAUAUACAUCGUGUAGGCAGAACAGCUCGUGCAGGACGCUCCGGUAAAGCCGUUACGUUUGUUACACAGUACGAUGUUGAAUUAUAUCAGCGCAUUGAACAUUUACUUGGCAAGCAGUUACCAUUAUAUCCUUGUGAAGAGGAUGAAGUUAUGGCACUACAGGAGAGAGUGAGUGAAGCACAGCGAACAGCUAAGUUAGAGCUUAAAGACUUGGAAGAGAGUAAGGGCAGUAGAAAAGGAAAAUUCAAGAAAAGUGGCGAUGAUUUCGAUGAUUCCGAACAAUUUACUGGCGCUCGUAAACGUAUGAAACCUCAAGGAGGCGGUGGAGGCAAUAAAAAUUGGAAGAAAGCGAAAAGAAAAUAAAUAUUUGCCAAUGUUUAGUGUAAUAGUCAAAAUAAGUAAUGUAAAUAUUCUUAAUAAAUUAUAUUAAUUUUAUAUUUUUCAUGAAAAA